CAGAUGCACGGGGGUUGGAGCAGCGCUGCCAGACGCACGUACUCUUUAGCAGAUACAGAAGAGGUCGCAGGAGAAGCGUUAGCUAAGGACACGAGGAAGCAGAGAGCGCCGGUACCACCUGGGGUUCAGUGUCUGCGUCCUGUAGAAGCUGCGUGUAUGGGGGUGGUGGUCAGGAGCCCGCCUCUGUGUGACCUUGGAGCAGCAGCUUCACGUCUCUGAGCUCAGGUUCCUGAUCAGCAAAGCUGGGCCGCUCAAAACCUUAAAGGUUUUCUUUCUAGAAGGUUCGGUGUAGCUAAAGAAAGUCACCCAAGCAACUCCAAAGUCCUGCCUUCCAAUGAUAGGAGACCAGACAGUAAAUAAACUUAGUCCAUCAUCAUUGAUCAGGCCAAGAAGAGAAAAAUAGACCAUUUCCUGACAGGACAAUCAGGAAUUAUGAGAACAUCGCGUUAAACAAUAAUUUGCUUACUAACUCCGACUCUACUGUGUGGAGCUUGCCAGGGGGCUGCUGGGCAAAGUGGCACAGGUGUAAGACAUGGAGCAUGGCAUACUUCAGAAAGGUUUGGCUGGCCAUGGUCUUUGAGUGAGAUGGUGUGACUUGAUCCUUCUUGGUUCCUGUAAGCACUGAGUUCUGAGCAGAGGACAUGAGGUUGCCUGAAGAAGCCAGAAGAGGACACCAGCGUCCCUGGACCUGGAGUUACAGGUGGUUAUGAUUGCCAUGUGUUUGCUGAGAACCGAAUCUGCAUCCUCUGAAAGAACAGUAGGCAAGUGUCCCAGAUCUUUCCUUUUUUAAUGUUUCCAUCUUCCAGAUCCUCAAGGAAUCCUGGCCACACUACUGGGUCUCUGGGGAUUGUUUCCAUCUGUCAGUACUGCUAAGCCAUCCUGAGUCAUCAUGACAAUGAGGGGAAGGUGGCCCUCUGGAAAUCACUGGGUCCGUAGCAGUGUCCCACCAGUCCAUGACCAAGCAGACAUGGCUCGUUUUAGGAGCAUAGCUGUAAGACCCUUGAGCCCACAGAUCUCCAGAGAGAUCAGGACUGUUAAGCACACAAGAUUGUCUUUCUAUUGAGAAAGAUGUUUUAAAAAAGAAAGAAAGAAGAAAAGAAAAGACGAAAAGACCCUGUUCUUCUAUCCAGAAAAUUGAGGAUUGGAAGUGACUAAUAGCCUGGUGAUCUGUGUUAUCUGUUGAUCCAGACCAUAUCAAGCCUCUCCAACCAGAGCCAGAGGUGAUCUCCCAUCAUAUGAGUGAAGGCACCGGGCCAUCUCACAAAGCUAGUGGCUUACUGACCAGUGCUAGCUUCUAGGACCAUGGGGACCAGCCUGCGCAGUCAGUCCUUCCGAGAACCCCGGCCCUCCUAUGGGAGGCUCCAUGAGUCCCAGGGGAGGUCUCUGGAUGGCCGACUCCACCGAGCACUGAGCCUCAGACUGGGCCGUGAGAAGUCCAGGUCGCAGGGCCCCGAUGGCACGGAAGGGCUGGAGGUCUCUGUCCAGGAGCGGCUGCCAGGGACCCUGGGAGACACAGAGCAGCUGAUCCAAGGCCAGAGAGGAGGAGGCAGCCGGCGGUGGCUGAGACAGUACCAACAGCAGGUGAAAAGAAGGUGGAGGAGUUUUGUCGCCAGCUUCCCCAGUGUGACCCUGAGUCAACCAGCCUCCCCAGAGACCUUGUUGGACACCAACAGCUAGAGUUGCUGUGACUGUCCCUCACUCCACAGGCUCCGCUCCUGUGUCUUUUCAUCUGCCCCUGCAUGGCUUUUCUGGACUCUGAACUGCUCCAGCCUUUGAACUUUGUCUUGUGACCCAAGGAGGCCUCUGCCACCAGAUCAUUCAAAGCUCCCAUGUGGCUGCUCUUCUUGGUUCUGGUACCUGUCUCUUAGCAAAGAUCUCCACAGGCCUGAGGAGAAAAUACCUGGCUCUCUACCUUUUGGGUUUAAAAACUCUCUGGACUGGCAUUUAUGAAGGUCUUAGGGACCUACACAGAAAUGAGAGUACCAACUGUGACCCCUUGGCCCCACAAAGACCAGCCACCCACUUCCAGGUCAGAGUUCAGUGAAGCCAAAGAAAGGCUGAGAACUUCCUGAAUAUCACCUGGUCCCAGGGCCAAGCUCCACCUGACUUUCUGGGCAGCUGCCAGUGACUGGCCAAGGCUUGGGCUUCCCUCAUAGACUGUGAGCCUUCACAGGCUAGGACCAUGUCUGGACUGUCCUGGGGGGCUGCUGUAUGCCUGAGAAGCCCAAACAUGCAUAUGGCUGCCUUUGGACUUCAUGAUAUCCCGAUGAAGAAAGCAGGGAAGUCUUCUCUCCCUGUGUGACAGAGGGAAACUGAGGCCAGGAGUGGAGAAGAGACCUUCCUCCUACACAUACACACUGCCUAACACUGGGGUUGAACCCAUUAAUAAAGCCACUGAACUGAAGGAAA